AUGGCCUGCAACAGCCUCUGCCGGCCCUGCGGACCCACCCCGCUGGCCAACAGCUGCAACGAGCCCUGUGCCCUGCAAUGCCAGGACUCCCGCGUCAUCAUCAACCCUUCCCCUGUGCUGGUCACCCUGCCAGGACCCAUCAUGACCUCCUUCCCCCAGAGCACCGCCGUCGGAUCCACCUCCUCGGCUGCUGUGGGCACUGAACUCAAUGCCCAGGGACAGCCCAUCUCUGGGGGAUUUGGCUUUGGCCUUGGCUAUGGCCGUGGAUUUGGCUAUGGGCUGGGAGGUCUGGGCUGCUAUGGCAGAAGGGGUGGCUAUAACUGCUGAGGGACAUCCGCACCACUCUUUUACACCACCAGCUUGGGGCUCUGGCAACAAGUCCUGCAAGACAAUCUCCUAGGCUGAUGGUCCCUGUACUUGCAGCUUACACUGGAUUCCUUCCACUUUCUUCUGCUUUUUCAUUCUUUUC